GGAGCGCCAUAAAAGCCCUGUUGCGACCUGCUCUCCGCACCCGGUCCGCCGGCACUCACCCCUCGGAGAGGCGCACCUGACUGCAGAGCGCUCGCCGCCCAGCCACACCCGCCCGCUCGCCAGCCACCAUGCUGGGUAGCAAGGCACUGGGGCUAUCCGGACUGACCCUCGCCCUGUCCCUGCUUGUGUGCCUGGGCGCGCUGGCUGAGGCGUACCCCUCCAAGCCAGACAACCCCGGAGAGGACGCGCCGGCGGAGGACAUGGCCAGAUACUACUCAGCGCUGCGGCACUACAUCAACCUCAUCACCAGGCAGAGGUAUGGAAAACGAUCAAGCCCUGAGACACUGAUUUCAGACCUCUUGAUGAGAGAAAGCACAGAAAAUGUUCCCAGAACUAGGCUGGAAGACCCUUCUAUGUGGUGAUGGGAAAUGAAACUUGCUCUCCGGUCUUUACCUAUUUUUCAACCCAAAUUUCAUCCUGUAAAACUAGAGUCUGCCAACCCUCCCCAUGCAUGCGGCCACUGUGUUCAACUCUGCGGUUUCCCUUUGUCAUCCUUGUAUAUAUGUGUGUUUAAAUAAAGUACCAAGCAUUCAAAAA